AUGUCGAAUUUGGACCGCGACACGGCGCCAGGCCGAGGCACGGCUUGGGGCGUUCCAUCAGCUCGUGAUGUGCUUCACAUGCAGCCACGUCACGUAACUACCGACCGUUCUGCGAAUCCAGACCAACGGCAGCCGAGUCGAACGGCCGAGCAUGCACAGUCGCUUGGGUUUCGAGAGGAAGCGAUGGCCGCUGGCCAAAAGAAGGGUCUUGAUUUAGAUUUACUGGCGAAGGAAAAAGCACGGAUCGCUGCGGCAGCCCAAGUCCCAUCGCCUGCGGACGAAGAGACGGGCGAUGAGGAAUUGGAGGCGGCUUGGGCUGAUGGGCAGCAGAAAGCCCCUACGGCUCCAUCCAAGUUUCGCAGUGUAACAGAGGCGCCUGAGAUCAUAUAUGUGAAUGGGAAGCGCAUGCGGAAGAAGAAGAAGAAGACGGCGGCGACGAUAGCCCCCGCAUCGCAUGGGAAUGUGACGGAUAAGACGACCAACAUCGUACGCGUCCCUCCUCCUGCCCUACCUGAAGGCUGCGCAGAUCCAACAUUUGAGAAACAGGCCACGCAUGCUCCGUCGUUUGCAGUGCAAGUCGAUGACAACGACGACGAUGCCGAUAUCUUUGGCGAGGCAGGUGUAUGGGACGGCUUGUCUGACGACGAAAACGAGAAAGUAUCUACAGAACAAGCUCCUACGACAUCUUCUGAAUCGACGCAGCGCAACUGGUUUGCGACGGAGACGACCCCUUCUCCCCCACCUACGAAAGCUGUCGCAGCCGAGGUUCAGGCGGAGGCUGAGACCGACGAGAGCGAGAGCCCACCUGCACGGCUCGAAGGACUAAGUUCUUCUGCCCUUCCCUCUGACUGGAGUCGGUGGCUUCUCGAACGGGAAGAAGCACGGGACGCACGGCGUGCUCACAGCGAAAGCGGACCGGUGCCACGCAAGCGCAAGCGAAGCAAGAAAGGACGCGGCGAUGUGGAGAGUCCGUAG